AGUGGGAAAAAGGGAAACAGAAGCAGCCUCUGUGGGCGUUACUUCUCUGAGUUGUUGAAAUUUGUCGCCAAUGAAUAUACACUCGUCUUCACUUGUACACAAAUUCAAACAUGGGUUUAAUUCCCAUUGGUUUACUGUUCAAGUUUCAGUUGCUGCUACUGUAUUAAGUAUUGCUGGUGGUUUGAUUUUUGCUAUAAAAGAUGGUGCAAAAAUCACAAACAUCAUGCUAUCAAGUUCAAAAAAAGAUCAUUUCACAGUACCUGGAUUGCAAAAUCUUGGUAACAAUUGCUUUUUGAAUGUUGUUUUACAGGCUUUAGCUAGCUGUAAGAGCUUUGGAAAAUUUCUGGAGCAAGUUGUGGAGGAAUAUGAGGGUUCAUCAAUGGAAGGAAGUAGAGACUUGCCCGUUAUUGCUGCUUUGGCUUCGCUUGUUGAAGAAUUAUGUACUGUGCGACAUGGAAGAACUGUUCUAAGUCCAAGGAGAUUGAUGCAUGCCAUGACUUCUCACAUUCCUGGUUUCAAUCUAACUAGCCAGCAGGAUGCAGAGGAAGCACUCUCCCAUCUUUUAUCUUCUUUAAGAGCCGAACUGUCAGAAUCUUUUGUUCAUGAUCACAGCUCUUUGGCGGAUGUAAUUACACUUCCUAAUUGUAGGAUUGUUACACAAAGGAUGAAAGGAGAAAGUGAACAGGAGAGAUGGAGGCAGAGUUUUCUUGGGCCUUUUGAUGGGAUUCUUGGUAGUUUUUUAAACUGCCAAACUUGUUCGUUUCAGAUCUCUCUGGAUUUUCAGUUAUUUCAUAGUUUGCAUCUUGUGCCAACGUCAAGCAGCACUGGGGCUAUUAUGCCUGGGUGUUCUGUCGAGCAUUGCCUGAAGCAGUUCUUUGUUGCGGAACAACUCGAGAACUACAAGUGCAGCCACUGUUGGCAUACUGCUGCCGAAAAGUAUGUCUCUGCCAUGGAUGAAAAUGAGGCUAUUGUUGAAAAACUUAAGCUGUGCAACGAGGAAGAUUCAUGUGAUUGCAAACAGCUAGCGUCCCUUGCUAGAUUUCCAUGGUCAAAUAGCUUCUCACGCACUUUCAAGCAACUCAGUAUUGGCCGGAGUCCUAAGGUUCUAUGUCUUCAUUUACAACGUGCUUCUAUAAAUGUAUUUGGAGAACAGAACAAACUUCAGGGCCAUAUUUCAUUUCCAUUGAUUUUGGACUUGGCUCCUUUCGUGAAGAGUGGAGUGGGAACAAAGAGUUGGGAAGAGAAUCUGCAAAUUGGGCAAAUCACGCAUCAGCAGCCUUUCCCUUUGUUCAAUAACUUAAAUCUGCAAGCUAAUCAGGAGAUGUUGACUUUCAUCACCCAAAGUGAAAGAAAAUUUUCUACAGAAGUAGAAGAUAUGGCCGGUUUGCGUGACUCAGAUAAUUUUGGUAUUAAAGCACCAAAGUCAAAAUCAAGUUUGCUUGAGGCUGGAGACGACAAGAAGAUCAGCUUAAAUCAGCUGGCUCCACAUUCUGGAAAUCAGGGUGAAACUUCCCGAAUAACGCAUUCCAUAAGUCACAAGUACCAACUAACCUCUGUGGUUCAGCACUUUGGAAUAGUUGGUAGUGGGCAUUACACCGUUUUCAGACGAGUGACAGACAAAAUUAGUGAAGACAAUCAUGCUGAACUACUGGGAUCUGCUGUUGGUAAGUGGUUUUGCAUCUCAGACACCGAAGUAUAUGGGGUCUCCGAGAGAGAUGUUCUUGAUGCUGAAGCAACCUUACUUUUCUAUGAAAAAGUUUCUGAUUGCUAAAUUCUUGUUGUGUUAUAGCUGUUUGUAGACUGUAGUAUAGCUUGAAUUGAAUAAUUUGUGGUAGGCUGGUAGCAACUCAAACUGUGAGUCUAUUGUUAUGGGCAUUUUGUGUUUUGCCUGGAGAACUGGCUCUGGCAGACCAAUUGAACUUAAUCAAGUUUCAGUGUACUUUAUGCUGUUCUCUUUGA